AAGAAGUUGCAGCAGGGGAGAUUCUCAACUCUCCGCUCCUUCCACAGACAAUGACAACCAGGGAGAGUUUAUAGCAUAGCCGGCGAGUUGCCAUGAACUUUGCCGAGGGAGUUCUCUGCCACGUUUAUAUAACGUAAAAGACCUCGACAUAACACAUUGUCUUGUUGGGAGCAGUUGGAGAAGCCUAGAUCUCACUCUUUAUUUUGAGUUCUUACGCGCUAUGGAAUCAUCCCUGGAGUUCUCAAACUCUUUCACCAGUGUGUCUUCGCCCUCCGCGCGGUGUCGGAUCUUCAAGAUCAUCGUGAUCGGAGACUCCGGUGUCGGUAAGACCUGUCUCACCUACCGGUUCUGUGCCGGUGAGUUCCUCGACCGAACCGAAGCCACCAUCGGUGUCGAUUUCCGUGAGAGAUUGGUCGAGGUCGAAGGCGAGAAAAUCAAGCUCCAGCUAUGGGACACGGCGGGCCAGGAGCGUUUCAGGAAGUCGAUGGUCCAGCAGUACUAUCGGAACGUUCACGCUGUUCUCUUCAUCUACGACGUCACCAGACCAGACAGCUUCAGAGGCCUGCCAGCCUGGAUAGAGGAGUGUAGACGGUACUCACUGGGACAGGAGAUAACCAGGUUCCUCGUGGGCAAUAAGAGCGACCUCCGUGACACCUGCAGCUGUGACCCCCGCUCCAUCAAGGUGGAAGAUCAGGUGACACGGGAUCAGGCCCAGAAGUUUGCAGUUGCCCACGGGAUGAUUAUGUUUGAAACGUCUGCUAAAAGCCUCCCUGGAGGAGGAGGAGGAGGAGGAGGAGGAGAACCAGGAGGAGGAGGAGGAGGACCAGGAGGGGGGCAUCAGGACAGCGUGGAGGAUGUGUUCAUGGCCCUGGCCUCCAGGCUGAAGAGACAGACCAGACCACCUCCCCCGGUUCUCAACAACACAGGAGUGUCUGGCUCCUAUUGUGGGUCCUCUACAGGGACAUCUUCUUUCAGACUGCCAGCCAAGAAGAGCCCUCAGAAAGACUUCUGGACAUGCACCUGUUGAGAGAGGCAGGGUGAGGAGAGGGAUGGAACAUGGGGUGGGGGGAGGGGGAACAGGGGAAUUUAGGGUGCCCACCAAGAACUUAGAGAAAGACUUCUGGACAUAUAAGGAAGGGAGAGGGGGAAGUCCUCUCUGAUCAAGCAUCUAUAUCAGUGGAGGCUGGUGAGGGGAGGACGGCUCAUAAUAAUGGCUCUAUUGCCUUCUAUAGCCUGCUCUCAGAUCUGUUGUCUCCUCCUUCUAUAGCCUGCUCUCAGAUCUGUUGUCUCCUUCUAUAGCCUGCUCUCAGAUCUGUUGUCUCCUCCUUCUAUAGCCUGCUCUCAGAUCUGUUGUCUCCUCCUUCUAUAGCCUGCUCUCAGAUCUGUUGUCUCCUCCUUCUAUAGCCUGCUCUCAGAUCUGUUGUCUCCUUCUAUAGCCUGCUCUCAGAUCUGUUGUCUCCUCCUUCUAUAGCCUGCUCUCAGAUCUGUUGUCUCCUUCUAUAGCCUGCUCUCAGAUCUGUUGUCUCCUCCUUCUAUAGCCUGCUCUCAGAUCUGUUGUCUCCUCCUAUAGCCUGCUCUCAGAUCUGUUGUCUCCUCCUAUAGCCUGCUCUCAGAUCUGUUGUCUCCUUCUAUAGCCUGCUCUCAGAUCUGUUGUCUCCUCCUUCUAUAGCCUGCUCUCAGAUCUGUUGUCUCCUCCUUCUAUAGCCUGCUCUCAGAUCUGUUGUCUCCUCCUUCUAUAGCCUGCUCUCAGAUCUGUUGUCUCCUUCUAUAGCCUGCUCUCAGAUCUGUUGUCUCCUUCUAUAGCCUGCUCUCAGAUCUGUUGUCUCCUCCUUCUAUAGCCUGCUCUCAGAUCUGUUGUCUCCUCCUUCUAUAGCCUGCUCUCAGAUCUGUUGUCUCCUCCUUCUAUAGCCUGCUCUCAGAUCUGUUGUCUCCUCCUUCUAUAGCCUGCUCUCAGAUCUGUUGUCUCCUCCUUCUAUAGCCUGCUCUCAGAUCUGUUGUCUCCUCCUUCUAUAGCCUGCUCUCAGAUCUGUUGUCUCCUCCUUCUAUAGCCUGCUCUCAGAUCUGUUGUCUCCUCCUUCUAUAGCCUGCUCUCAGAUCUGUUGUCUCCUCCUUCUAUAGCCUGCUCUCAGAUCUGUUGUCUCCUCCUUCUAUAGCCUGCUCUCAGAUCUGUUGUCUCCUCCUUCUAUAGCCUGCUCUCAGAUCUGUUGUCUCCUCCUUCUAUAGCCUGCUCUCAGAUCUGUUGUCUCCUCCUUCUAUAGCCUGCUCUCAGAUCUGUUGUCUCCUCCUUCUAUAGCCUGCUCUCAGAUCUGUUGUCUCCUCCUUCUAUAGCCUGCUCUCAGAUCUGUUGUCUCCUCCUUCUAUAGCCUGCUCUCAGAUCUGUUGUCUCCUCCUUCUAUAGCCUGCUCUCAGAUCUGUUGUCUCCUCCUUCUAUAGCCUGCUCUCAGAUCUGUUGUCUCCUCCUUCUAUAGCCUGCUCUCAGAUCUGUUGUCUCCUCCUUCUAUAGCCUGCUCUCAGAUCUGUUGUCUCCUUCUAUAGCCUGCUCUCAGAUCUGUUGUCUCCUUCUAUAGCCUGCUCUCAGAUCUGUUGUCUCCUCCUUCUAUAGCCUGCUCUCAGAUCUGUUGUCUCCUCCUUCUAUAGCCUGCUCUCAGAUCUGUUGUCUCCUCCUUCUAUAGCCUGCUCUCAGAUCUGUUGUCUCCUUCUAUAGCCUGCUCUCAGAUCUGUUGUCUCCUCCUUCUAUAGCCUGCUCUCAGAUCUGGUGUCUCCUCCUUCUAUAGCCUGCUCUCAGAUCUGUUGUCUCCUCCUUCUAUAGCCUGCUCUCAGAUCUGUUGUCUCCUCCUUCUAUAGCCUGCUCUCAGAUCUGUUGUCUCCUCCUUCUAUAGCCUGCUCUCAGAUCUGUUGUCUCCUCCUUCUAUAGCCUGCUCUCAGAUCUGUUGUGUAAGACUGGUGCCCAGGAUAAAGCAUUAACCAAAGGGUCGUUCUACUAAUUCGGUGCCUUUUAAAAACGUUUGACUUCAUUUUAACAUUCUGUCAUAAAGAGGACAUGUUGAACUUCAUUAAGUUUCCCCAUCUCAACAGGUUAAAGACGAAAAUUACUCUAGCAAGUGCCAAAUAAUGUAACGGGGUUGACCGUAACGGGGUUGACCGUAACGGGGUUGACGAUGUCCUCUUAAAUCAGCCAUGAAUCCCCUUGUGACAGGGGGAAUGGAAGCUUGUUACUGUAUGUGCAACAGGCUUCCCAAAACAUUUUUAAUUGUUAAAACAUUUUUAGACUGUCUGUUGGUAACAGGAUGGACUUGUUACGCUCGACCUGCUCAGUUUUACUCCACAAAACAGCAGAACAUGGCCAGAAAGAAUAGAACCAGCUCACCUGUUUUGACAUUAUGAUUUGAAUACUAGAUCAAUACUAAUACUAAUGUUUCUUUGGGAAGAAAAAUUUAAAAUGGGAAUAUUUUCACCAUAUUAAAAUGAGAGUUCAAUUCACUUAACAGGGUUGACCUUAAAACAGAGGGACUGAAUCACUAAUCACAAUAAAAUAACUAGGGAUUUCCAAUGAUGGUGAAAUGUUGGGAUGAAGGGGGUCAAAUCUUCUUAGAAGUCAGAGAGGGUGCACAGAGGGACAUUUCAAAAUGCCGAAGUCUAUCCCCAUUAAAUCAUAUUUAUUGAAUUCUCCAUGUGGUCUAUAUUAAAUGGCACUAAAUGUAAUAGAACAGGCUUUUUUUUUAUUCAAUAUUGGUGCUCAAUUUAUCCCUAAAA